AUGGGGACCAGUACUAUAAAGGCAAAGACGGACUUUGGUAUACGUACCCAGAACUCUCAUCGCGAACCGACUCUUCAACGAGAGGAUGUUCGAAGAAGACAAAGCCAAGAGUGGCUUGUUCCCAUCGUCGACAAAUGGGGAGCCAACGGCAUGGAGCACAAGCGAGCCCGACCUCGUGAAACUACCAGUGUUGCUAUUUCCGAUCGUCGCCAUUCGAGUCGCGUGAGUCUUCCACCCACGACGAUCUACACCAAAGCCCUUGAAGCCCAGGAAACGAUUCCAACGAAACCAAAGAGAAGAAGAGGACAUCUCGCGUUGUCCAAUGCAACAUUCCAGCUACCAAAUGUGGAUCCUGGUGGAGAACUAUCAGUCCUGGGUUUACCAGACAAACACAAACGUGCAAUGUCAAACAAGGUCUGCAAAUGGCUUGCCAGAUGGGUCCGAGACAACGACGUUGGGCCGAUGGAGAUUGUCUUCUCUCCAGGGAGGCGUUGGAAAAGUUGGGAUUCGACUGGCUCACUAAAGAAGCACGAAAUGAUAUGA